UCAUGGAAGACAACUUCGGGAUACUAGGAUUCUCUUGUGAAGUUCUGUUUAGCAACAUUUCUAUUCAAUUAAGUAAAUGAACGUAGUAGUGCUUCUUUUUCACACAUACGUAUUGUAGAAGGAUUAACUAUUGCUUUGGCAAUAAGAACUUAAGGAGUUCUCUAGGCGUGCAGUUACUGAUUAGGACUCUUGGUGUCGCUGUUCACUAAUCUGGGCGAUACCCGCAGUGACGAGCACGCCGAGGGGGAGGAAAAAAUACUCUUGAGCCUCCUGAAAGCUCCAGCACCGCCGGGUUAAAAAAAGAAAAAAUGUUUCCGUGAAACCGCCUAAAUCCUAUUCCUGGACGAUUCUCCGAUCGGAAUUAUCCUGAAAUCUAGACAACAUUAGAAAAGCAGAGAAACACUCCCUCUCUGUGCCGGACUGAGAGAGAACUACGAAGCAAGAAAAACAAUGGGAAUUCUGGCACAACCAAGCGGGUGGAGAGGGCUGAUGCUGCUGUGCCUUUUCCUGGGGCUGUUGCUGGAGGUCGGGGCCGAGCACAUCCGCUACUCCGUGGCAGAAGAAACGGACGAGGGCUCCUUGGUGGGCGACAUCGCUAAGGACCUGGGGCUGGAGCCGCGGGAGCUGGCGGAGCGCGGAGUCCGCAUCGUCUCCAGAGGUAGGGCGCAGCUGUUCGCUCUGAACGCGCGCAGCGGCAGCUUGGUCACGGCGGGCAGGGUAGACCGCGAGGAGCUCUGUGCCCAGAGCGCGCAGUGCUUGGUGAGCCUGAACAUCCUGGUGGAAGAGAAAAUGAAGCUUUUCCCGGUCGAAGUGGAGAUACUUGAUAUUAACGACAACACUCCCCAGUUCCAGUUGGAAGAGCUAGAACUGAAAAUGAAUGAAAUCACCCCUCCAGGAACCAGGAUCCCUCUGCCUUUUGGGCAAGACCGUGACGUGGGUAGAAACUCGCUGCAGAGCUACCGGCUCAGCUCCAACCCUCAUUUCUCCCUGGAUGUGCAACGGGGACCUGAUGGGUCGCAGCACCCGGAGAUGGUGCUGCAGAACCCGCUAGACAGAGAAGCCGCGGGUGUCCACCACCUGGUCCUCAUCGCCUCGGACGGGGGCGACCCAGUCCGUUCAGGGACUCUCCGCAUUCGUGUUCAGGUGGUAGACGCGAACGACAACCCUCCUGCAUUUACCCAGGCAGAGUAUCAUGUAAGUGUCCCUGAAAAUGUGCCCCUGGGGACUCAGUUACUCGUGGUAAAUGCCACCGACCCAGAUGAGGGGGCGAAUGGGGAAGUCAGCUACUCUUUUCACAACGUAGAGCACAAAGUGGCCCAGAUAUUCCAUUUGGAUUCCAACACAGGAGAAAUAUCCAAUAAAGAGCUGCUGGACUUUGAAGAAUACAAAAUGUAUCCCAUGGAAAUUCAAGCUCAGGAUGGUGCUGGGCUCAUGGCCAGAGCCAAGGUGUUGAUCAGAGUCCUGGAUGUAAAUGACAAUGCCCCAGAAAUAAGUGUCACCUCUGUCACGUCCGUACUCCCAGAAAACUUUCCCCCUGGGACCGUCAUUGCUCUCAUCAAUGUGCAUGACCAGGAUGCCGAGGACAAUGGUCACAUCGCAUGUUCCAUUCCUGGAGACCUGCCCUUUAAACUGGAAAGGCUGGUGGAUAAUUAUUACCGCUUAGUGACAGAAAAAACGCUGGACAGAGAACUUACCUCUGGGUACAACAUUACAGUGACAGCGACGGACCAGGGGACUCCAGCUCUGUCUACUGAAACCCGUAUUUCGCUGACAGUGGCAGACAUCAAUGAUAACGCCCCAGACUUCCAUCAGGACUCCUACUCUGCCUACAUUCCUGAGAACAACCCCAGAGGAGCCUCCAUUGGAUCCGUACAGGCAUUUGAUGCUGACAGUGGAGAGAAUGCACAGGUCACUUACUCCCUAGUGGAGAACACUGUCCAGGGGGCUCCUCUGUCUUCCUAUGUGUCCAUCAACUCUGACACAGGUGUCCUGUAUGCACUGCGCUCCUUCGACUAUGAGCAGUUCCGAGACAUGCAGCUCUGGGUGACAGCCAGUGACAAUGGAGAACCACCACUCAGCAGCAAUGCCUCCCUCACCCUCUUUGUGCUGGACCAGAAUGACAAUGCCCCUGAGAUCCUCUACCCCACCCUGCCCACCGAUGGAUCCACAGGCGUGGAGCUGGCACCACGCUCUGCAGAACCUGGCUACCUGGUGACCAAGGUGGUGGCAGUGGACAGGGACUCUGGCCAGAAUGCCUGGCUGUCCUACCGGCUGCUCAAGGCCAGCGAGCCAGGGCUGUUCUCUGUGGGGCUGCACACGGGCGAGGUGCGCACAGCACGGACCCUGCUGGACAGAGAUGCACUGAAGCAGAGCCUGGUGGUGGCCGUCCAGGACCACGGGCAGCCGCCUCUCUCGGCCACUGUCACGCUCACAGUGGCCGUGGCCGACAGCAUCCCCGCAGUGCUGGCUGACCUGGGCAGCCUGAAGCCUUCAGUGGAAGCUGAUGAGGCAGACCUGACUCUGUACCUGGUGGUGGCAGUGGCCACAGUGUCGUGUGUCUUCCUGGCCUUUGUGAUUGUGCUGCUGGCACUCAGGCUGAGGCGCUGGCACAAGUCGCGAUUGCUGCAGGCGUCAGGAGGAGGCGGGCUGUCGGGCGUGGCCGCGUCGCACUUGGUGGGUGUGGACGGGGUGCGUGCUUUCCUGCAGACCUAUUCUCAUGAGGUGUCCCUGACCGCGGACUCGCGGAGGAGCCACCUCAUCUUCCCUCAGCCCAACUAUGCGGACACGCUGCUCAGCAUGAGCCAGGAGAGCUGUGGGAAAAAGGAUUUCCCUUCCACACCGCAGUCUCUAGUUGAAGACAAGAAUGACACAAUUUCUCAGGUAAAUUUCCUUAGCGAAUUUUUAAGUUAAAUUGUGAACAUGCACAGUGUCCCUUACUGAUCUUCACUCUUCCUGUCACUCUUGACUACAAACACUUCUGCGCCUUCCACUCUUACAGAUUUCUGUUAUAAGUCGUGAAAGCCAUGGUUGUGUGGAUUUACAUGCGUAGAGGUAUUUGUCAUUGUGGUGAGAUUGAAAACAUGAUUAUAAUCUUACUGUAGGUGGCUGAGAUGGAGAGUGGGAGUGAGGCGCCCUUAUUUUUCGAAAAACAACACAGCGUUAGGAACCAGGAAGUCUGGCUACUGAUAUUUUUUGCUCGUAUCUGGCUGAACUCUUUCGUUGCUCUGGCUUUUCUGUCCUUGUAUCUGGUUUGAAUAGAGGAAAUCCUACCAGCCUUUGUAGAAAAAACGUAUUUCCAAGUUGCUGGAAGUUAUAGAAACCUGCUGAUUAAUCUCUAAAGUUCAUGUAGAUGCCAUUUG